CAGUUGAGACAACUCCCUAGAAGCAAUGAUCCCUGCUAAAGCUGCUCUAGGAGCACAGGAAUUCCUUUGAUGAGCUCUAAGAGAUUGGUAACAAUACCUCCUGAAGGGCCAUGUUGCUAGGUAACAGCUUGUUUCCUUGGUCACAGUGAAUCCAUGGAAGACCCCCAGAAGAGGCUGCAGAUUCUUGGUGGACAGCUCUGGUAUCCCAUCCAGGGAACAUGAUGAAAAAUGUCUUCAGAAAAUAGAUUUAUGAAGGCAAGAGGAAUUUUUGCACCCGCAAGACAUGUCUGAAAGUUCCUCAGGUCAAAAUACAAGUAGUCAAGAGAUUUGUCCAUCUAAUUCAUCAUACUACUCUGAUCCAAGUGAGACCCACAUUGGGUCAGCUCCAUCAAGGAGAGGAACAUUUCACCUGCGUUUGGAUUCUGGAAUAUCAUCCUUGCUUCUUUCAGAUUCUUGUAAGUACCUCACUUGGCACAAGGUAGAACAACAUGACAUUCAAGGAAGUCAACUGCGUUGCCCAAGAGUAAGAGAAGGACCCUCUGAAGAAGGGCACCUUUUCAGACAGCUAGAGUGUGCCUUGCCCCCAAGGAAAAGAGUUCUUGAAAAAAACAAAUGGGAAACAUGGCUACAAGGAGACUGGGAAGACUGCAAGAACUUGAACAUUUCAUUUCAGGAUCUGGGGGAUCCUUACCAAGUUGAAAAUUUUAACAGAAUUCUUAGAAGACUAAUUCGAGUUGAAACCCUCUGGUUAGUGGAUAAUUCACUGGUGGACUUAAGUGCCAUAAGAUUGCCAAGCUGCAGAAUUUUAAACAUGAGCAAAAACCAUCUCACAUCUUUCAAACAAUUGCCAAAGAUACCUCAGAUAGAGCAUUUAUCCUUGGCCGAAAACCACAUUGAGACUCUGACUGGACUCUCCAGUUUACGGUGCACGCCACUGGAAUCCCUUAUUCUCAGGAGGAACCCCUGUGAGUUCCACCAAAAUUACAGGAAGCGAUCCAGAAGACAGCACAAUUCAAAAGAGAAAGGACUUAAUGAUAGAGCUAAUAUUUUAAGUCCCAGUAGUAUUCUCCUGUUUGCCAAACUUAAAAAUGCUGGAUGGAAUCUUGAAGCUACCAGAAGAUUGCUCAUCACCAGAAACCAAUAUUUUUUCAAAAAUAUGUGUUGUAUCCUAAUGAAAUCUGUAUAGAAAGAAAGUAAUCAUCACUGACGCUAAAAGCUAAUAAAUACAGGAAAUGU